CCCACCAAGAGCCAUUUUCUUCCAAGCAUCUAGCUUUCUCUUCACCCUCGCUUUAGGUACACUACUUACAAUACAAAACCACCUCAAAAAGUUUAGCUUUGGGCUUUUUUUGACUUGGUAAUUAACCUUUGCAUCAGUUAAUUAUAAGUAGCUUUAAUUCCACCAACUCUAUUAUAGCUAUGGAGAUUGAGUCAGCAACACAAGAGAAGGCUGGGCAUUUAGCCAUUGCUUGGGACUGGGUUAAGGCCCUGCCUUUGAAUUUCAAGAACAUCGCUGUAAACCUUGUAAGGACAACAAAGAAGCUAGGACAAGACGACCCAAGACGAGUCAUGCACUCACUAAAAGUAGGACUGGCUCUCACACUGGUGUCCUUGUUAUACUACUGGAGACCUCUAUAUAAUGGUUUUGGGGUUUCAGGAAUGUGGGCUGUGCUAACAGUGGUAGUUGUCUUUGAAUUCACUGUUGGUGCUACUCUCAGCAAAGGUUUGAAUAGAGCUUGUGCAACAUUAUCCGCUGGUGCUCUAGGGUGUGGAGCUCACCACUUAGCACGUCUCUUUGGAGAGAAAGGAGAGCCCAUUGUCCUUGGCUUCCUUGUCUUUUUACUCACUGCAGCUUCAUCAUUCACACGAUUCAUUCCACGGAUUAAGGCAAGAUAUGAUUAUGGGGUCUUGAUUUUUAUAUUGACAUUUAGCUUGGUAUCAGUCACGGGUUAUCGGGUUGACAAAAUUUUAGAGCUGGCAAAUGAAAGACUCUCAACAAUUGGAAUAGGUGGAGCAACCUGCAUAAUUGUAUCCAUAUUUGUUUGCCCAGUAUGGGCCGGUGAAGACCUUCACAAGUUGAUUGCUUCCAAUAUAGAAAAGCUUGCAAGUUAUCUAGAAGGUUUUGGAGGUGAAUAUUUUGCGGAUCCUGAGGAUCAUGAAGGGAAUGUUAUGGCCUCUAAAGGUGACAAGGCACUUCUUCAAGGGUAUAAAAGUGUCCUCAAUUCAAAAAAUACUGAAGAAUCCUUGGCAAAUUUUGCAAGAUGGGAACCAGGACAUGGUCGUUUUCACUUUUGUCAUCCAUGGAAACAAUAUUUGAAGAUUGGAGUUCUUGCUAGGCAAUGUGCUUAUCGGAUUGAUGCUCUUAAUGGCUACUUCAACUCUGAUUUACAGGCAGCAAUGGAAUUCAGAAAUAAAAUUCGAAAGCCAAGCAAAAAGAUGUGCUCAGAAGCCAGCAAGGCACUAAAAGCAUUAGCAUUAUCAAUCAAAACAAUGACAGACCCUUCAACAGCCAAAUCCCAUGUGGAAAAUUCUAAAACUGCCAUUGAUGAACUCAAAUUGGUUCUCAAAGCUGUCUCACUAGAGAAUGCAGACCUCCUAGCGAUUGUACCAAUUGCCUCAGUUGCUUCAAUACUAACAGAAAUCACAAAAUGUGUGGAGAAUAUCUAUGAAUCAGUCCAUGAGCUUUCUUGCCUAGCAGAAUUCAAGAGUACUAGUGUUGAAUCCACUGUAUCACCAGAGAAACCACAAGCACAACUACUAGUACUUCAUUGUGGAAGCAUUAAACCUGUUUUGGAUGGUGAUAAUGACCAUGUUAUAAUCACAGUGCAUGUGACAAACGAGGAAUAUUCUUUACAAACUGAAUUUCCUCAGCUACCAAAGCCCGGGCAAUCAUGACUUGGAAGUGUAAAUAUUUGUUAAUGAGUAGCUAGUUACAUUUAUGUGAAA